AUGACUGAAGUGAAGAAAGAUGAUGUGGUUAAAAUUUUGCAUACGUAUCCUCUUUGCAGAAAAUGUGAUAUGUCAGAUGAAAUGAAGCAGGAAGCAAUGGAGCUAUGCGUUACUGCAGCGGAGAAAUAUGCAGAUAAUUACGAAAGCGUAUCUCGUAUGAUCAAAGAGACAAUGGACAAAAAAUUCGGCGCUUCGUGGCACACUGUUGUGGGCGAGGGCUACGGGUUCGAAAUAACUUAUCAGCUCAAACACCUGCUGUAUAUGUAUUGCGCUGGGAACUUAGCGAUAUGCAUAUGGAAAUCAGCAUAG